CGCCUUCUUAAUACCUUUUUCAUAUUUCUGUUAUCCAGCUUGUGCUCAACAAAAUACAAAUCCUCAAAAUUUCAAUAAUAAUGACGACUAUAAUUACGAUUAUUAUUACGAUUACUAUGACGACCAGGCGUUAAAACGACAACCACCUGACUCUCAACCGCCCAAAGUUCCCGAGAAUGACCAAUCGGCUUCAUCACCACCCUUCCAGUCGACACAGCCUACAUCCUCCCCUCCUAAACCAGCCCAGCCUGUGCAGAGAUAUAAUCGUGUGAGACAGAGAGACCGGGUUCCAGUCCCUAUUCAGACAGACAAGGAGUUCAAAUGCCCAGAGCUAUUUGGAUUCUUUCCACAUAGUAGGAGUUGCGAUCGCUACUGGGCAUGUGAAAAUGGCACAGCUACACUAAAGCUUUGCGGGAAUGGUUUGGUUUUUGAUGAUUCCGACAACCUGCGAGAAAACUGUGCCUAUCAUUUCAGUAUCAAUUGUGGCCAGAGGACAGAAAUUGAACCUCCUAUCAGCACACCUCACUGUCCUCGUUUAUAUGGCGUUUACGAAGAUGAAUCCAGUUGUCGAGUAUUUUAUUCCUGUUGGAAUGGGGUAGCCUCCCGAUUCGAAUGUCCACCGGGCUUAGCUUACCAUCCAGAACAAAGGGUGUGUGUGUGGGCUGACAAGGUCAGACGAUGUGACAAGCUGGAAGUCGACGAGGGUUUCGUUUGCCCAGGCCCAUAUGAGGUCAGCAGUCAGCAGGGAGUUUAUUCUCGCCACGCUCAUCCCACGGACUGCAGAUAUUUUUACGUUUGCGUAGAUGGAUUUGCUCGUUCUUACGGAUGUGAAAAGGGAACUGUUCUUAACGUUGAUUCAUUGCAGUGUGAUUAUCCGGAAAACGUGCCAGGAUGUGAGAACUAUUACGCAGACUUGGACAUCGACUCCAAGAAGUUAACCCGAGUUCAAGAGUGAAGAAAAAAGGUUGAUGUCGUAUGAUACAUUUACAAAAUAAACACCCAAAUGUUGUCUCGGUUUUCGAACUUUGUCACGAAGAUUCUUAAACAAAGAUAAUUGACUGUACGUAAUUCGGUACGAAUAUUAUCUUUUUACUUUCAAACACGCUUUUCAUAGUUUACUUCCUUUGUUGUUAGGUCAGUUAUUUCAGAACAACCAGUUUACCAUGACAUUUUGUUCACUAAAAAUGAAGUUCAUAAUAAUAACAAGAUCAGAACCGCAAAUCAAAGUCAAAGUCAUUGCAAUUACAAAACAACAACAACUGUUUUUUUUUAAAUCCUGUAAAAAAAUAAUAACCCUAUAGGAAAAAGUUGUUUGUAAUUUCACAGAUUUGACGUAUAGUCUCGCAAGUGCGUGAUGAUUUUCAAUUAUCCUCAAAUGUUUUCAAUUUGUAAAGUGCCUUUGAGGAGAUUUCUAAUUUCGUCAUAUUCGACGUUCUUCAGUUAUUAGUGUACAUCAAAUAUCUAUAAUUUGAAAAACUGGUGAUCUUUUGAAUUCGAUUAUUUAAUCACAUAACCCAUUCAUAUCUUAAAUGUGUCUUAACGUCAUUAAAAAAAUGAUUAUAGUAGUUAACAGUUAAAGUGGUGGAGGCAGUAUUAUAUAUUGUUGUCUGUUUAUUGAAUGUUGGUAAUUUUAACUGAACAGAUGUUAUGGUUGUUGCAUCAUUUAAUAGUACGUUCCCAUUAUGUUCAGUUUCCGAAAAGCGAUUGUAUUAAGAUGAUCGUACGAUAAUAAAUGAAUUGUUUUCA